UAAUUUCACUGUCAACAGAUGCCAGAAGUGAGGUUUCGCGGCUCUUAGGAUGUUUUAGACACUGAGUCAUAAGGAAGCGAGUUAUAAUAACUCUAGUUUGGAGAAGGCGUCGCAAAUAUCAUGUGCUCAACACUAACAUGAAUCUGACGGUCGCAGCGGAGCGCUUCUAACGAGAGGCACGAUCUGGAAGUUUGUUGGAACAAGAGACACUCGGAUUAUAAAAAGCGCAUUUUCUUCAACGCUUUUUGGGAAGACGAAAACAGAAUACAUACACAAACACAGCCAGUCUCUCACUGUUUAAUAGUUUGUGAGUGAUCCCAACACCUUUUCACUUCUUUCCAGACUGCGUACAAAUAACGGCAAGCGAUGGUGAACAGCCGCGUGGAAACCUCGGCCGUUGCGGUAACAGGAGGUAGUGGCGGGGCAGUGCGCUCCUGUGCAGGCUGUGGAGGUGGGAUCUCGGAUCGCUUCCUGCUCUUCUCCAUGGAUCGGUACUGGCACACGCGCUGCCUCAAGUGCUCCUGCUGCCAGGCUCAGCUCGGAGAAAUCGGCAGCACCUGCUUCAGCAAAGGAGGAAUGAUCCUCUGCAGGAACGAUUACAUCAGGUUGUUUGGUCACAGUGGAGCCUGCAAUGCCUGUGGACAGUCUAUCCCUGCCAGUGAGAUGGUGAUGAGGGCCCAGGGGAACGUCUACCAUCUAAAGUGUUUCACUUGUGCCACAUGUCGAAAUCGCUUGGUCCCUGGUGACCGAUUCCACUAUGUCAACGGCACCAUCUUUUGUGAACAUGACCGACCAGGUGGAGCUUUGCUCAGUAGUCACCUGACCCCCCUGCAGAACAACACCCUUCUACCUGACCAGAAGGUGUGCUGAAAAAACAUGGAUUUAUAAUUUGCGGUGUGCCUUUUCUUCACAUUUUUCCUCACACCUUUCCUUCAAUCGAUCAUUGUGAAAGUCCACCCACACCCAGGAUCUUCCAGCCCACUUUCGUGCAUCCAUCCACCUUAGAAGAAGAAUUCAGGACUACGCAAGUACUGUGAGUCACUUGCGAGACAAUCAUCCCUGACGAGGGAAACAUAAUCAUAUUGAAGAAAGUCGCAGAAUCUGAAAAUCAUCAUAUGCACUCGUAUUUGGUCUGUCUGGUCAUGACUGGGAUGGCCCGAGCCUGAAAGGCUUAGACUCUUAAAGAGCAGCUAAUUUAAGCAGGGGUGAUGUUCAGCAUGAUUUUGUUCCCUUUUGAGAAGUUUCUCAAGAAAUGUUGUGGACAUUACCUGAAAUUGUGGACUGCGGGGGUCUGUGGAUUAUGUUAGAUAUCACUGCUUGCCAACAAAAUGACAUCCAUAGGUCAAAAGACUGUUAAAACUAGCAGUUUGUUUCAGCGGUGGUUGCCUUUUGCUGACUGGCUAUUUUCACGUUAAGUGUAAUUUAAUUCUUUUUUUAAAAGGCUCUGUCAUCUUUGGUGCCUAAAACCAACAGUUUUUCCUCCUUUGUCAUUUACUUCCUAUUAGUUAGUAAUCAUACACAUGCACAAUACAGAAACGUGAACAUGUAUUGUUUUGUCUAUUCGAGUUUAAGACAUAUGAAGCACUCUUUUUGAGAGAACCGUAGAUUGCAGAGGAAACGGCAUGUUUUUUUUAUUCCAUGGUUUGGUAGAAUAAAUUACAUGUCUGUAUGCAUAUUCUCUAAUAGAGACUGCUAUUCAGUGUCUGCCAAGACUUUUGGGAGAAUGAGGGAGAUGGAGAGUCAAAUUGUACAUAUUUUUAUGUGCUGUUGUAUUGUGUUCAAUGGUUGACCUGUUUCCUUGUGUCCUCGGUUUAAAUGGAGGGGCCUUCAUAACAAUAAGAUAUCUGUAAAAUAAAAAAAAUGCUUAAUUAAAUAACUAUAAUCAUCACAAA